UAUUUCAACGACGAUCAGAUAAACUCCUUUGUCUUCUUUCUACAAAAAAAAAACAUUUUUAAAAUUGCGUCGCACGGAAACCGAAUUAAAAAUCCCGUGGAAAAUACAAUGGAGGAGUUAGAACAUGGGCUAAGCUAAUAAAUGACGAACUCUUCGUUUAUGGCUUAGUUACUCUGCCACACUUCGAAAGGCCAUUGCUUUUGUGGGAGUUUUCACGUUGAUCUCUUGCAGAUACAAAUGGUUUUAGUGUGUUAAGACUGAAGAAAUUUAUAUGCAUAUUUCUGCGGAAACCGAAGCCUAGUGACCAUGGAUCUCAGCUUCAGAAAGUGCUUUGCUUCAAAGAAGGAAUCAUGGAGGUCAGUUGUGCUUCUUGCUUAUCAGAGUCUCGGCGUCGUCUAUGGAGACUUGAGCAUUUCUCCUCUUUACGUGUUUCGAAGCACUUUUGCCGAAGACAUUCAACACUCGGAGACCAACGAAGAGAUCUUCGGUGUUCUGUCUUUUGUCUUCUGGACUCUCACUUUGGUCCCCUUGAUCAAAUAUGUCUUCAUUGUUCUCAGAGCCGACGAUAAUGGCGAGGGAGGGACUUUUGCUUUGUACUCGCUUCUCUGCCGUCAUGCCAAAGUUAGCCUUCUGCCAAACCGGCAGCUCGCUGAUGAGGCACUCUCCACGUAUAAACUGGAGCAUCCGCCCGAGAAAAAUCACGACUCGCGGUUGAAGAGAUACCUUGAGAAUCACAAGAGUUUGCACACUGCUUUACUGGUUCUGGUCCUUCUUGGCACUUGUAUGGUCAUCGGUGAUGGAAUUCUCACUCCAGCUAUUUCUGUGUUUUCUGCUGUGUCGGGUCUUGAGCUAUCGAUGUCUAAAGAACACCAUGAAUAUGCCGUGAUUCCUAUAACUUGUUUCAUCUUAGUCUGCCUCUUUGCGCUCCAGCAUUUUGGCACGCAUCGCAUUGGAUUUGUCUUCGCCCCUGUCAUCUUGACCUGGUUACUGUGUAUAAGCGGUGUCGGUCUAUACAAUAUUAUAAAAUGGAACCCAUAUGUAUAUAAAGCUCUCUCUCCUAAGUACAUGUUCAUGUUCUUGAGGAAGACAAGAAUUAGUGGAUGGAUGUCCCUUGGUGGAAUCUUGCUGUGCAUAACUGGUUCCGAGGCAAUGUUUGCUGAUCUGGGUCACUUCUCUUAUGCAGCAAUUCAGAUUGCCUUUACCUUCCUCGUUUACCCGGCUCUUAUACUGGCAUACAUGGGGCAAGCGGCUUACCUUUCCCGGCAUCAUCAUUCCGCCCAUAAGAUUGGGUUUUAUGUCUCUGUUCCUCCAAGUGUGAAGUGGCCAGUGCUCGUGAUUGCGAUUCUUGCGUCAGUCGUGGGAAGCCAAGCGAUAAUCACUGGGACUUUCUCCAUUAUUAACCAGAGCCAGUCUCUUGGCUGCUUCCCCAGAGUCAAGGUUAUUCACACGUCCGCUAAGAUCCAUGGCCAGAUUUACAUCCCCGAGAUCAACUGGAUCCUCAUGAUUCUCUGCAUCGCUGUUACUAUCGGGUUCCGUAACGUUAAACACCUCGGAAACGCAUCAGGGUUAGCUGUAAUGGCGGUCAUGCUGGUAACGACGUGCCUGAUGUCCUUAGUCAUCCUUAUCUGCUGGCACAAGCCGCCGGUCCUAGCUCUCGGGUUCCUGCUCUUCUUCGGUUCGAUAGAGCUCCUCUACUUCUCGGCCUCCCUCACCAAAUUCCGGGAAGGAGCAUGGCUCCCGAUACUCUUAGCGCUUUUCCUCAUGACCGUCAUGUUCGUCUGGCACUACGCCACCGUCAAGAAGUACGAGUACGCCCUCCACAACAAAGUCUCGCUCGAGUGGCUCCUUGCGUUAGGCCCGAGUCUCGGGAUUUCUCGGGUUCCCGGGAUUGGCUUAGUCUUCAGCGACCUAACCUCGGGAAUCCCUGUGAACUUCUCACGGUUCGUCACCAACCUCCCAGCAUUCCACCGUGUUCUGGUCUUUGUCUGCGUGAAGUCAGUCCCCGUCCCUUACGUUCCGCCGGCCGAGAGGUAUCUAGUGGGACGGGUCGGUCCAGUGGACCACCGGUCUUACCGCUGCAUCGUGCGGUAUGGCUACCGAGAUGUCCACCAAGACAUCGACUCCUUCGAAGCGGAGCUCGUGAGCAGGCUGGCAGAUUUCAUACGCUACGACUGGCACAGAAGAAGAACGCACCAGGGUGGCGGAACCCACGAGCAGGAUGACCCGUCCCGUUCAGUGCGGUCCAACGAAUCUUCCAGCGAGUCAAGACUAGCAGUGAUCGGGACAUUGGCCUACGAGAUAGAGGAGAGCCCGCAGCAGGAGAGCGUAUCGGUCGGGUUCACGACCGUCGAGAGCAUCAGCGACGUGAUCGAGAUGGGAAGGCAAUCGCCCCCGCCAUCGAAUGCGGUGAAAAGGGUACAGUUUGCAGUGGAGGAGGAGGGAGAGGAGAUGGAGCUGAGGGGGGAGAUGGAGGAGCUGAUGAUGGCGAAGGAGGCGGGAACGGCGUUCAUAUUGGGACACUCGCACGUGAAAGCGAAGAAAGGUUCGUCGCUUCUGAAGAGACUGGCUGUGAACUUUGGAUACAAUUUCUUGAGGAGGAACUGCAGAGGUCCCGACGUUGCUCUUAAGGUCCCUCCCGUUUCUCUCUUGGAGGUCGGCAUGGUUUACGUUGUCUGAAAAUCUCUCUCCCUCCCUCUCUGUAAAUCAGUUAGCUCUCGCGAGACAUGUGAAUCAAUGCGUUGUAGUUUUGUUUUUUUUUUGGCUUUUGGGUCUUUAAUGGCUUACGAAUCUGAGAUCAAAGAUGCAGAUUUUUCUUAUGAUCA